AUGCGUGUUCUUGUUGAUUCUGUCGCCAUUCGGGUGUUAUGCAGAGAAAAUCUGCUCGUUGCGGUUGGUAAUCAGUUGCUGUUAGUUUAUCUGACCGCUAACGGAGAUACGAAACACAAGUUUGCUCCUGUACCACGGCUGAAAGACAAAAUACACGGUAUAGAAAAAUGUUCUAUCGAAGAUGACACAUAUCUGAUAGUAUUUCAUGCCGGUCGCGAAGCAUACACUCUAAUGUUGAACUGUACUACCCAUCAAUUUGUUCCUGAAUGCGUAAGAAUUGUAAUUCCGGAAGACACGUGCCUACAUCCAGUACCACACGUCCGAAGGCGGGCGAAUGAUUGGAUCAGUUCUAUUUCACUUCUUUCACCAACCGAACUGUGCAUUGUUACAUGUCACGGCGUAGCUGUAUGCUUACACCGUAGUGGCGGAAAUGAAUCUCUGAUCUGGAAACUGGCUGAAAAAUCUGCCUGCGACGAUGGUUCUACGCUUUACUGCUCCACUCUCGUCGGCCAUAGCUGGGAGCAAGCAGUGUGCUUUUCAGGAACCGCACUUGGAUUAUUGUUAGUAUGGUACGUUUCCGGUGAGCACCGUGGUAAGGUGCUGAAGAGCGUUGCGGCACACAAUGGAGUCAUAUUUUCGAUCGCCUGCGACCUUGGCUCCGGUUUGCUAACUACCACUUCGGACGAUCGAUCGAUCAAAUUUUGGAGGCUAGAUUUGAAAGCAUCCGUAAGCAGAGAUGACACUUCCGUAAAGCUACGUGAAGAGCGAUAUUGUUUUGCCCACACCGCAAGAGUGUUUCAGUGUCGUAUAAUACAGAACGACAAACGAACCCUCGUUGCCUCGAUCGGAGAAGACGCUCAUCUGUGCCUAUGGAAUACCGACGGAGAUCUUUUGUUGAAAAAACGUUUGGACGAUGGUCCUACGCUAUGGUGUAUGGACUACGAUGUGGAAACAUCGACCAUAUUCAUCACUGCAAGCAAUGGUAAUAUACACAAAUACGACGUUCGUCGGUGGAUGGAAGAAAACUGCCAAUAUACUGCCUUAGACCAAUCGGUGUUGGUUGAUAUCAGCCCAAAAUUACCACCAAAUGAGCAUCUGGCAAAAGUCCGUUUCACACCACUUGGAUCGACAAUAGGCAUAACGAACAAAAAUCGUGUAGUCGUUCUGGAUAACACUGGUACGCACAUAGAUUCUCUCGAAAGAUUUGAGAAUUUUAAAUGCAGCAUCGUAGAGGUUGGCGGAUGUUUUCUCUACCUAGCUGGUGGAUGCAAUAUUUAUCUGUACGAGAUUAUACCGCAAGGACUUACCUUCCUUAACACAGUAGAGGUUGGUAGUUUUACUAGUAAAGCAUACCUAAAUGAAGAAGACGAACACUUACAAAACGGAACAAUAAGAUCUUUGAACUACUGUGAACGGUCGAAAACGGUGGCAAUAUGUUAUGCUAGCGGGCGAUGCCUAGUUAUGGAUGAGCUGCUAACUUGUGUCAUUUCGUUUCUCAGAAUUCCAAAGUCAGCUGAACGCUGGCUGACCGCCUAUCGCGCCUUGAAUGAUACGCUUCUGUUGGUGGCCGACAGAUCUGGACAUUUGUACCUUUUCGAUAGAAAAACGGUAGAUCCUACGUUCAAAUUAUCUAACGUUCACGGAAAGUUUGGUAUAACGUCGAUUACUGUCGCAGAAGAGAGCCAGGAACAAAAUGCAGGGUAUGUGCUUUUAACAACUGGUCAUGACAGUCGGAUUUGUGAACUAUUUGUCGACAGUGCGAAGAAAUUAUUGAUCAGCCUUAACUCAUCCAAAACGGUUAUUAGCUGGAUCGAUCGUACAGUUUUACUCCGCAGUGAAAGAUUUCAUCUUGGAUUCAACGAUGCCCAUUUUGUGAUGUCCGACAAUCGGAAUGUAGUUUACACACAAUUUGAUUGCGGUGGAGGGCACCGUUGCUGGGAUUACUAUUACGAUGAGCCUUCGGACACGUUUACCUUUACGUUUAUUCAACAUAAAAAAUUGAAGAAAAUGCAAUAUACUCUUCAACGCCAUGUUGGAAGUGCACUAUGUCUGCCUCGUUGCGAUUGGCAUACGAGAGCAUGCAAUGCUUUGCAUGUUGCCCAUCGUGGCGAUUCUCGUUUAGUCAUUUCAGGGGGUGAAGAUAAUAUUUUACGAAUAAACACAUAUGUUCAGGGCGAGUUGUUAGAAGAACCGCGCAAAUACGUUUUCAAUCACAUAUCCAGCAUCAAGGCGAUAGUGGUAAAAGAACAAUACGAAGAUGGCCGUUUGAUAAUUGUUUCCGCCGGUGGACGCGCGCAAAUCUGCAUUAUCAGUGUCGAAUUAAAAAGUUUCCGCGUAAAACAAGAGUGCACCUACAUGCUACUGGAAUCAGACUCCGAGCGCAGCCGAUGGAAGUUGAACCGUCGAUCGAACGUCGAUCCAGAAACGAAAUUCAUGUGCGCCACCUUCAUCGGAAGUGAACGGCUAGUAUUCGGUUGUUCGGACGGGUUUGUUAGGAUCUACAAUAUAAACAGCACCAAUGAUCAGUGGUCACUUGAACCAGUGUGUGAAACAUUCUACGGCAGAUGCAUUCUGAAAGUGAUCAGCGUAGUUAUGAAUGGUAAGUCUCUUUUCAUUACUAUGGCUACGGAUGGAUAUUUAUGUUUCUGGGAUGCCUCAAACACUGUUGAACCCUUCUAUCGACAUCGUCUUCAUAGUAGUGGCAUAAAUUCCGUUGAUUUUAAAUGUGUCAACUCCGAUAUGCUUCAAUUUGCCACUGGAGGCGAUGAUCAGUCACUCACUGUAUCUUUGUUUAAAAUAACUUUGGUGGAAGAUAAAUUUCAGAUAGAAAUAGUUCAUAGCCUAUGCGAAAAAUAUCUGCACACUGCCCAAGUGACUGGAAUUAAGUUGCUUGAUGAAGAUAAAAUGAUAAGCGUGGGAAUUGACCAGCGUAUCUAUGUGACGGGUUUUACCGGUUACUCAAAACUUGAAAUGAUCAGCAGUACUAACACGUGCGUAGCGGAUGUAAAAGGAUUAUCGUACAUACGGGAAGGUAACCAAAUAAUUGUCUACGGUUGUGGAAUUGAAAUUUUGACCCUGGAAGGUUUCUAAUACGUGUGGCAGGAGUAUGAGCAUAUGAGACGAGAUACUAUUAAGCUUUAAAAAGUGCAAUAUGUUUAAAUAGCUUUAAAGAAAAAUUUCUAGAUAGUAAUCCGUUUCAACUAUCCACGAUUCUUUUGAAUAGCUCACGAGAUUAAAAAAUAAAAGUAAAGAUU